AUGGGUUACAUUCAAUUUGACAAGGUCGCAGUGCCCGAGGACAACGUUGUGUCGCUCGGGUUGCUGAAUCGGCAGCUGCAGAAACAGCAACAGCUGAACGGGCUUCAGGGCCUACUUCAGGGCUGGAGCUCGCAUUAUUUAGCGGAGUCGGGCUCUGUGCAGGGCUUCACCUCGAACCAUAACAGCAGCAAGCCCACCGAAACUUCGACCCAGGGCACCAGGCUCAACGGCUCGGAUGCGUCGUCGCCAGGGAGCUCGUACGGGAACUGGGCGGAAUCUAUGGAGACAGUGUUGUCGCCCAACUCUGAGGCCCUCGCACAGUGGGCCUCGUGGAUGAACUCCGAUGAUGCUGGUGCAGACCAUGGCAAGCAGCUCAACGGCCCUAUCGACUCCGGCAGCUCUCGUACCUCUUCUACCUCAAACAACUCCACCAACAAGCCUUCGCUGGACGAGGAAUUGUGUGGAUUGCGUUUCUGCUCUGUUCCUUUCACUGAACUAGAGGAUCUUUCGCCUUGCUCGGCGACUUCGGUCAGCCCUUCCUCGGCGUCGCACUCGGCUCCUCAUCACCACACCCAACAGCACCAGGCAAUUGCGCUGACUUGGCCUACCGCUACUACAUCAGCUGCCACCACUCCAGCUUCGAUGCGUUCCGUCGCUGCGCCCUCUAAGCUGGCCACAGACAUGAUCGCCGAGGUGACGCCAGACUCUUCCCUUGCCAAAAUCACUCCUGUCGGACCGGGUGCCCCAGCCUCGAGCUUGGAACACCCGCAUUUUCGGUGCGGGAUGUGCUCUGCAUCUUUUAAAGUUAAGGGCUACUUGACCCGCCACAUGAAGAAGCACUUGGUCAACAAGGAAUUUCGCUGUCCAUUUUGGUCCAACGAUUGCCGGUGUCAUCCAACGGGCGAGUUUUCUCGUAAAGAUACUUACAAGACCCAUCUCAAAUCUAUCCAUUUCGUCUACCCAGUCGGCGUAGUGAAGAACCAGCGCAACAAUUCAAAGGGUCGUUGUGCUGCGUGCUAUCAGGAAUUUUCUUCUAACAACGAAUGGCUCGACAAGCACGUCGCAACUCGUGCAUGUGGUGGAUUGCUGAGGAUCAAAGCUGAGAAUGAACAGGACCAGAAGUUGUGGUUGAACCUCUAA